AUGCCUCCCCACGCCGACCCCUCGGGUCGCUACAGCUCGCACUCGUCGCGUCGCGAGAAGGUUGUCAAGCAGGCGGACAUUGAGGUCCUCCCGUCCAUGGACCAGCCUGCCUACUACGACCCCCCAUCGCCAGUGUCGUCGACCGACUCGCUCCCCAUCGACUAUGUGAGCGCCGACUUUGUCACCAACUCUGGCAACAAGCUGGAUCCCAGCGCGCGUUGGAUCCGGAACGGCAAGAUUUGCGCCUGGGGACCUUCGUACGAGGCGUCGAUGCGCAAGCAGCGCACUCGCAAGAGGCUGGAGCUCUGCCUGGAGCAGCUCCUUCCCGAGUCGGCGGCCGAACUGGGCAUUGCGCCCCCGCAGAACAUUGUCGACUCUGAGGCGAACCGCCGCGAACGCAAGCGGAAACGCGCCGAGGAGAAGGAGUUUGAGCUCCCUCACCUCUCAAGCCCAUCACCGCCCAUGACGACUAUGGAGCUGGCGCCGAUGCUCUCGAUCCCCAAGAGCUACCUCGACAUUGUCACGAGCCCGGCGAUGCGCUACUCGCUCGGCGACGACUCCAUGGAGCGUGGACUGCAGCAAACUGCGGCUGACCUGCUGGAAGGCGAGAAGGGCCUCAUGCAGGCUCUUGGCCGUCUGCGUGAGGUCCUUCGCGUUAGAGAUCGCGACGUCGCCGAGGGCCGCAAGAAGCCAUCCCAACCCCAUGCCAAUGGCAGCCAUGCGGGUGCCAACGGUGACGCCCCAGCAGCCAACGGCCACCCCGACGGCACCCCUGCCAACGGCCAGCCAUUGACCGACGCCGACUACGACAAGCUCAUUCCCCCUCUCCCCCACGUCUCGGACACGGACAACCUCUGGAGAGUUACACAGGAGAUUCUCCAGAAUCAGCCUCCUCCCACUAUCCACUUCACUGUCACCCCUCCAGGUGCCGCCUACCCGGCCGAGCCUGACGCGCCAGCACCACCCAAGCCUACACCACUCCAGCGCAUCUUCACCUGCCCGACUGGCAUCACUUUCAACGCAGACCCCAACGCGCAGCUGCAACAGCACCAGCGUGCCCAUGGCUUUGCGGCCCAGUCGAUCAAGUACAACCUUGACCUGGGCACGCAGCAGCGCGCGGUCGACGACGCGAUUGAGAGAAUCAUGGAGCUGCUGGCCGACUGCAACGAGUACAAGGAGAGGAUUGAGGAGGCGCGUGAGCGUGUCGCCGACGUUGCGCGGACACGCAAGUUUGUGUGGAAGGUGAUCAAGCGCCGUGCGGGUCGCGAGCUGGACCGCAUGGAGGGCAAGCAGUAG